UUAGAAGGGUAGGAGGGUUUGGUCAGAGAAGCAACUUCUAUACUUGGCUUUUUUACUAUUAUUAAAAGCAGAACUUCAAUAUCAAUGGCUAGGCAUUUGAAUUCGCUGGAUUUUGAUUUAACCCAACAAAGCAAUUAUUUUUGGUACUGGCAACGGAUGAAGGCUGAGUUACAACUUGACCACUGUGGUACCUAUUACCAGCAGCACCAAACUUGCUAUUUGCAGUCAGGUUUUGAACCAUAUUUUGAAUAUAACUAUAACUGUAUAUUUUAUGAGAAUGUUCAGAAUGUCUCCUCUACAAAAGAGAAUGCUAAAGAGCUAGCUGAAAUUCCAACUGUAUCAGAGGCUUGGACUACAAAUAACGAGGAGGAGCAAACUGAAGAUCCACAGAUUCCCUUGGAUAUUGAGAACCUGAACAAAGAGUUUAUGGUGGGAAGUGAAGAGCUAUAUGACUCUCUAAUGAAUUGUCAUUGGCAGCCUCUGGAUACAAUUGCUUCUAGAAUCCCAAAUAACAUCCAGGAGUAACUCUGUAAAUAGCCAGCAAUUCCCAUCAAAAUGUAUUGAUACAUUUGGGGAUGGGUCAGAAGUCUUAUUUUGUUUUGUUUCAGAGGCAUUUAUUGGAAUAUAAUUGUUGCAAGUAUUGGAGCAUAACGAGAAUGAAUAAUUACUUCCAUAAAAAUAAAGAUACUUAACCAGUAAA